UUUUGUUUGUAUCGGUGAUUAGCCGAUUAGUUACGUUAUUUAUUAAUAAUGUAAUAAGUUUUAGUAUAAUUAUGUUUCUGAAAGAGACUACUUCGACACGUUGCAAUAUAAAUAAUACAUACACACACGUAUGUGUGGUACAGCAUGAAAAACUAGACCACAGCUGCAACCACCUGUGCGAAUAAUAAAAACAGAAUAGAAAGACAAACAAACAACAAAAAAAAACUUUAUAACGUUGUCCACGUAGCAAUAGUAAACAUGCUAUCGCUCCAGCUUCACAGAAUACGACAGUAUUUGUGGCCUUCUUUAUGCCUGCAGGUAGCCUUAUUAGCCACCUCAGUUAAAGGACAAGCCACAGCUGAUUAUUUGGUUGGCCGCAAACAGAAUGUCUACAAUCCCAGUCAGCUUUCCGAGUCGCAGUUUUUGGAGUACAGCAAUUUAUCGGACAGACAACAUCUACGUGAAGCUGUGCAAAAUAUUUUAAUACCCCGUGUGGUUGGCACGGGAAAUCACACAAUUGUGCGGCAAUAUAUUGUUGAUAGCCUCAGGGAUCUGGACUGGCAUGUGGAGCUCAAUAGUUUCCAUGACAGGGCACCAAUUGUUGGAGAUUUGCAUUUUCACAACAUUAUCGCAACGCUUAAUCCGCAGGCGGAACGUUAUCUGAUUCUUGCCUGUCACUAUGACAGCAAAUAUAUGCCGGAUGUGGAAUUUGUGGGUGCCACCGACUCGGCAGUACCCUGUGCCAUGCUCUUAAACCUGGCCAAGGUGUUGCAGAAGCAGCUUAAACCACUUCAAUCGGCCAAACUUAGCUUGAUGCUGCUCUUUUUUGAUGGCGAGGAGGCGUUUGAUCAAUGGGGUCCCAAGGAUUCGAUAUAUGGUGCCAGGCAUUUGGCCAAACAUUGGGAGAAGGAGGGCAAAUUGGAUCGCAUUGAUAUGAUGGUGCUGCUCGAUCUGCUGGGUGCACCAGAUCCCGCCUUCUAUAGCUUCUUCGCCAACACCGAGCUGUGGUAUAUGCGAUUGGCGGAUCUCGAGCAGCGUCUCUCGGAGCAAUCGCUGCUGGAGCGCUAUGCCAACAGUGGUGUCUUGCAACGUGAUAGUUCACGCUACUUUCAGUCACAAGCUCUGAGGAGCGGCCAUGUCGAAGACGAUCAUAUACCAUUCCUUCGUCGGAACGUACCCAUCCUACACCUAAUACCAAUGCCCUUCCCCAGUGUGUGGCACACACAGCACGAUAACGAGAGCGUGAUCGAUUAUGCGACAACAAACAAUUUAGCGCUGAUUAUACGACUCUUUACGCUGGAGUAUCUGCUGGGCGGAAAGUAAAAGCCCCAGCUACAACUUAACUAAUGAAGCCUUAUCACGUUAACCUGUCUAAUACCUGAUACGCGGUAUCGUUAAUUGUUUAACUGUUUACUGUGGAUUUUGUUGACGUUGUAUGUAUUUAAAUUGAAUUCGAGCUUGCUGACGCAGAAGUGUUUAAAAUAAAACAAAUCUACAAAUAUA